AUGAAGAGAAAAAGGGACUCGUCAGACACCACAAUGACGUUCCUUGCAAAUGUUGGUGAGUCGUCGGGUUCUGAAUUCGAGGUGUUCUUGAAUUUUAGAGGCCCUGACACUCGCCUCAAUUUCACCGAUUGCCUCUAUCACUCCCUAGAUGGAGCCGGGAUUCGUGUCUUUAGGGACAACGAGGAGAUCCGAAAGGGCGAAGUAAUUGGAGGUGAGCUUCUACGCGCAAUUGAAACCUCCAAGAUUUACGUGCCCAUCUUCUCUAGAAGCUAUGCGUCCAGUGCAUGGUGUCUCCGCGAACUCGCAAGCAUUGUAAAGUGCCAGAGGGAAUCGAGUGGCAAAGUGAUUUUGCCCAUUUUCUAUGACGUGGAACCUUCUGAUGUCAAGCUCCGAACUGGACUCUACAUCGAUGCCCUAACAAGGCACGAGGCUAGUUUCGGCUACGACGAAGUGCAACGCUGGAAGGAGGCUCUAACGGAGGUCGCCAACAUUAAUGGUUGGGACUUGAGAGAUAGCGGUCAAGGUGAACUCAUAAAGCAUUUUACUAGUGAGGUUUCAAGCAAGCUACUGGGAAGAGAUCGAAUUGUGCCUAAUCAUCUGGUGGGAAUAGAUAAUCAUGUGGAAGCUGUGAUGGACUUGUUAGGUGAAGACUCUCUGGAUGUGCGGUUUGUCAUAAUCCACGGAAUGGGUGGAAUCGGCAAGACAACUCUUGCCAAAGUAGUUUUCAACCAAAUCUCUUCUCAAUUUCACAGUUGCAGCUUUCUAUCUGAUAUCCGAGAGUUUUCGCGAUGUGGUAAAAUGGUGAAAUUGCAAAAACGAUUAUUGUCCGACGUUCUCAAGUCUAAAGCUGUGAAAAUUAAUGAUACCGACACCGGGAUCAACAUGAUUAGAGAAAAAUUCUGCUGCAGAAAAGUUUUGGUUGUUCUUGAUGAUGUGGAUAAGAGAGACCAACUCUUGAAAUUAGCCGAAAAGCGAGAUUGGUUUGGCCCGGGAAGUAGAAUCAUCGUGACAACUAGGGACAUCAGUUUUUUCCAAAAUAAUGGGGAAGGGCUGAAAGGUAAUGACCCAAUGCAUCCCAAAGAGUUUCAACUCUAUGAAAUGGAGGAAAUGCCGUUUCAUUAUGCUGUUCAGCUAUUCAGUAAGCAUGCGUUCAGAAGAGAUGCUCCUCCACGCGACUACGAUCGAAUAGCCAGAGAUAUUGUGAAGACCACCGGCGGGCUUCCUUUGGCUCUUGUGGUUAUUGGGUCCUCUCUUUACUGCAGAGGCGAAGAAGUAUGGGACGAUGCAUUGGAAAAGCUAGAGAAAAUGCCUCACAAAGAAGUUCAGGACAUACUGAUGAUAACUCAGAGAUUUAGGGAGGGAGAUUGUUCGGAGGGAGAGCAUCCAACAUCCUGGAAAGCGUAG